AUGCACGCCUUCGGGCCUCCCGCCGAGCCGCCCCUCGCCCGGGAGCUGCUGGACGCGGCUCUCCGCCCGCCCGCCGGCGGUCCCUACGCGUGGCUCGGCGGCCCCGCCGCCCCCUACCCGCCCGCCGCUCCGUUCCCACCGCCGUGCCCAGAGCGGGGCUGGACGUCGCCGCUCCCGCAGCACGAGGGGCCCCGCUCGGCACGGCCGCCCUACUCGUAUUCGGCGCUCAUCGCCAUGGCCAUCCACAGCGCGCCGGGCCGACGGAGGACCCUCAGCCAGAUCUACCAAUACGUGGCCGAGAAUUUCCCUUUCUACAAGAAGAGCAAGGCGGGCUGGCAGAACUCCAUCCGACACAACCUGUCCCUCAACGACUGCUUCAGGAAGGUCCCGCGGGACGAGGAUGACCCGGGUAAAGGCAACUACUGGACACUGGACCCCAACUGCGAGAAAAUGUUCGAUAACGGCAACUUCAGGAGGAAGAGGAAGAGGCGUCCGGAGGCUGGAGACGGCGGUGGGGCCGCGGGGGGCCCCCGUGUGAGCGCAGCCCCCGGGCACGGCCAGAUGCACUGAGGUGGAGGAGGAAGGAGUGUUUUUGCGAUGCGUAACUGUACAUUUCUGUAGGUCUAUAAAUAGAGAGAUGAGAGAAGGAGUGGGAUGUGUGUGUGCUUAGGGUGAAGUGAAGGCGGGAGGGCUGUGGGAAGCGCUCCCUGUUGGGACUCAAAAGCAUCCAACGCACGAGUCAUGGUGGAACAUUCAUAGAAUGGUUUGAGUUGGAAGGGACCUCUAAAGGCCGUCUGGUGCCA